CUGUCAGUGAGAUGCCAGCUUCCUCAGUGGAAACAGAGUAACAGGCUUCACAGGAAGACAAGAGAGGUUCGUCGUCCUUGUUGAUGCACUGCCUCAUUGCCCAGGCCAUUAAAGCUUCAGGUUUCCUCUUGUCUCUUCGGGACGUUCGUAACAUUCAUGAACGGUUCUUAGAGAAAGUUUGGGCUGAAGUUCAGGGGGAACAAAUUGAUGGUGACCCAGAAGCAAUCUCCAUUCACAGCCAGACGAUUGUUGAGGCUAUUUGUAAAAAACUUAGGGGAUCCGGUCCAGUUGCGGGAAGUUUGCUUCUUUCAGAAAACGUGGACCUGGACAGAACAGUUGUGGCGUCAGUCUUAAAAUAUCUGAGAAGACCUGCAGAGAACCUGUUCAUAGUUUCACGUUUUUUCAAAGGCCUGGGUGAAGUCAUCUCCAAACCCUUCAAGUGAACGGACACAUGAGUGAAGUCCGCCCCACCUGUGCAGAGUCCAGUCAGCCAAGAGGAGACCCUGUGCCCUUGACACGGAGUUACCAGAUUCUGCAGGGAGUUGCUUGGCAUUCAGAUCGGAGGAAUGUGGCGUGAAGAUCGCUGGGAAACACAAACAACCUCUCACUGGAUCCUCCGGGCAGUGGACCAAAUCAAGCCAUCACUCGCUGCUUUAGCGCGAGCGAUGGCAUGUGCAGGCUGUUCAGGUGGAGUCACAUUAGCAGAGACAAAGCAGAGGAGGCUCCUCACGCACUUUUAUUUCCCACACCGCCACACUGGAAUUAUGGUUAUCGUGGAGAAGUUGUGAAACAAGAAUGGUGAGCUUUGACCUUGACCUACCUCUACACGGAUCUCAUGAAGCCUUAAAGUCGGUGUGGAAGCUGAGCUCGCAGUGCUGGCCCGGUUCGGUCACAGAGGGAGUCCUCUCCUCCUCCAGAGGCUGGCUGCGGCGCUUCCUCUUGCUCAAGCUGGUCACCGUGCUGCUCUUCCCCUGCGGCGAUGAGCUCCCCCUGCUGGUCGGCUGCGUGUUCAGCCUGCGGGCUCUGCAGCUGCUCCGCUCCCCUCACAUCUCCACCAAGCCGUCCGCCGUCUUCCUGCUCCAGCUGGCCCGGACGGACGCGCUAGUGCUGCUGCGCUGGCUCAUCCGGCUGGGACUGUCCGUGGGACUGUGGGCCGAGGAGGCGGGAGCGAGCCGGGCUCUGAGCGCGCUCAGCGAGCAGCUGCUCGAAGCCCAUCGCCUGGCCUCGCUGCUCCUGCUGGGGCUGCUGGGGCUGGAGGCCACGCUGCUGUCCCACUGGCCGCUGCAGACCCGGAGGUUCAGGACUUCCCAGUGGGCCCGGCUGUGCUGCAGUCUGACCUGGGGGCUCGUGCUGCUGGAGCUCGUGUGUUUGCUACACGCGAGGCUCUCUGAGCGGCAGACGUACCUGUCGACGCUGCCCGCCGUCUCCCUGAGCCUGAGGAAGGUGCUGUGGUUCGUCAAUUCGUGGAUGCAUUACGCCAUUUACAGGUUUAGGCCACAGAGAAGGACGAGCUCGUUUCAUUAAGAGCUUCUAGAAACUCAAAGUGUUUCCACUCUGCUAAAACACUGAAUCUUACAAAGUCUGGUUUUUUUCUCUUUAGUACAAACACUUGAAAUAAGACCAAGCUAACUUACAAUUAAAAUUAAGUCAGCUUAGAUAGCUGUUACUAAUCAUUGUAAAUUCACCAUUCUCUAUCUGUGUAUAAAAUAAACAGCCUCCGAUCGGAGAGUA